AUGUAUAUCAUCAGCUUUGUUGUCGGGGGCCUUGCAGGCUCUGCAAUGGCCCUCGAAUACGCCGACCUCGCUCCCUGCGGUGCAUACAAUAUGAAUUGCCCCCCGUAUCCCGACGGCCGGCCGAACCUUGAAUGCCUUUGCAAAGACGCCAACUUCGUUAAUGGCAUCCAUGACUGUGUUUUUGAGACCUGCAAUACUCAGGAAGCUGAAAACACUUUGGACCUUGCUGCGAUAUAUUGCACGGAUCCAAAAUACAAAUCUCCCGACUGCCCCUGCCUGGACCCGCUCCUGCAACCUGGCGCUUCACCUGCGGCGGCUGUCGCUUCUGAUCCCGGAGUCAAUUCCAAUUCCGAUUCCGGCUCUGGUUCCUCCGCGGAUAACGACGAUGUCUCGAAUUCCUCCGGCUCGACUAAUCCGAACACGAACACGAUCUCAGACGACAGCGCCACCCCCAACGGCGGCAACAACGACAACACCUUCGUCGCCACCGCCACCGCUACUAACGGUGAUGGUGCUGUCUCAUCUAAUAGUGUGGAAACAGGAGGAGAAGGAGGAGGAUUAAAGACGGUUACUGCGUACGUGGCUCCUAAAGUUACUGAAUUGGCUAAUACUGCUUCUACUGCUUCUGCUGGCGCUAGCAAGACGAAUGAGCUGGAUCAUGCAGAUGCUAGUACGCCCACGUCUGCUAGUUCGGGUGCGGCGGAAAUGAAUGGUACCGGGGCUAGGGAGAUGGGGAAUUUGCGGGAGAGGGUGUUGUUGGCUGUUGUGUUGGGGUCAUUGGACAAGGGACAUGGCGCAUGGGAAGAAUGGAGGAAGGAUUAG